AUGACAGGGAUCCACAGGGCACUGGUGCUGGUGGUAGGCUUGACUGUGGUGGCCUGUGCAGCCCAGCACCAACUGAGCUAUGAGGAGAUUGUCACCCAGGCCGUGCAACUCUUCAAUCAGCGACAGAGAGGAAAGCCCCUCUUCCGCCUGCUAGAAGCCAUCCCACCACACAGCUUGAACUCCACCUCAAGGAUCCCUCUCAACUUCAGGAUUAAAGAGACUGUGUGCCGCUCAAUCUGGCAGAGACAACGUCAAGACUGUGCUUUCAGGGAGGGCGGGGAGGAGCGAAAGUGCACUGGCAACUUCCUCAUGGUGCGGAAAAUCCGCAUCCUCGUGGCCAAAUGCUCCAAGGAUCCCCCGCGCGACCAACAGGCUCCCCGGGAGAAGCGCUCUGCUGAGUCCUCUCUGGAGGCCAACAUCAACAAGCUGCCGCCUGCUGCCAGGGAACUGUAUGAGAAAGCCAAGUACGACAUCAUUGCCAACAUCCUUCGUAAUUUCUAG